AAUAAAAGAAAAAAAAAAAAAAAGGAGGGGGGGAGAGAAAAGGCUGUGACACGUCUUGAAUUUUAAAUCAAUGACUGAAAAAGAAUAAAUUUAUUUUUUUCUUUCUGAACAGAAGAAAAGCUAGUCAUUAAGAAAAGUAAUAAGAACUUUCUCUUCCUGCUGCUGCCCCGAGGACAGCUCGGCCUCUUUCCCGGCAAGUCCUCCCCUCGACGGGCAGUCCCGGGGGGUGGUCUCUGCUCGGUCCCCGUGGGCGGCGGGACCCGCACUCACAAAUAGGGAGUAACCCCGGCCCCCAUUCCCGGCAGGGCAUCCCGGUGCGGCGGAGAGGGGCAGCGGCUCCGGCCCGGCGGGGGCUGCGGGGCUCCCUCCCCGGCUGGGUUUUUGGAUUGGUUUGGUUCUUGGUUGUGUUUUUUUUUUUUUUUUUGGUGUGUUUUUUUGUGUUUUCUUUUUUUUUUUUUUUAAUUUUCAGACGUUAAAUUCUUUUGCAAACAUUCAUGCCUUAGGAAGGGCUGGAACAAAGCUCAGCUGCUCCAACCGGUCGGACAGGUAAGCAGACUUGUUGACACCGUUAUGUUUGCAGCACGCAUGCUCCUUCCCAAGUUUCCUGGUGCAUUUUUCUAUUCCACCUUAUGAAACUUUCCUCCCCCCCCCCACCCUCUCCCCUCUCCUCCCCUCCCCUUCCCCUCCCCGCUGCUCAGCGGCUCUGCCCGGUGCGUGCGGUCCCGCUCCGCGGACGGCAGCGCAGCGCCCGCGCCCCGUCGGGCUGCGGGCGGGCGAAGCGGCCGCUGCGCCCCGAGCCCAGCCGUGCCCCCCGCCCUCGCCAUGCCCAGAGCCUUCCUGGUGAAGCGCCGCAGCCCGCAGCCGGCGGUGCGCAGCUGGGAUGGGCUGCCCGACGAGGAGAGAGCCGACACCUACAUCCCAGGCGGGAUCGGCUGCGUGCUGCUGGGCUACGAGGACAGCUGCAGCCUGGAGAGCAGCGGCAGCAGCGGGACCCGGGACGCCGAGCCCAGCGACCCCCCGACGCCCCAGCCUGCCCCCGGCGAGCUGGGCACGGGCGGGGGGAUGCUGCUGGACCUGGCCGUCAAGCGGCCCAUGGUCAGGUCCAAAAUCAAGUUCACCACUGGCACCUGCAGCGACGCUGCCCUGCAUAGCUGCGAGCUGUGUGGCAAAGGCUUUCGCCUGCAGAGGAUGCUCAACCGCCACAUCAAGUGCCACAGCCAGGUGAAGAGACACUUGUGCACCUUCUGUGGAAAAGGCUUCAACGACACCUUUGAUCUGAAGAGGCAUGUCCGGACCCAUACUGGCAUCCGUCCCUACAAGUGCGAGGUGUGCAACAAGGCCUUCACGCAGCGCUGCUCGCUGGAGUCGCACCUGAAGAAGAUCCACGGCGUGCAGCAGCAGUACGCCUACAAGCAGAGGAGGGACAAGCUCUACGUGUGCGAGGACUGCGGCUACACGGGCCCCACGCAGGAGGACCUGUACCUGCACGUCAGCGGCGUGCACCCCGGCAGCGCCUUCCUGAAGAAAACCUCCAAAAAACUCGCAGCUGUUCUGCAAACCAAACUCAGCCCCGUCCUGCAGAGGAACUCCAAAGAGGACGGCAAGGACGAGUGACACGGGCGGCGCUCGGGUGGCGCUCAGCGGGAAUGAAGUUUACAUGUAGGACUACGUAUCUUAUUUUUUUAAGAACAAUUUUGAAAGAAACGCCUUUGAAAUUAAAGGGAUGCUUUCUGUUAACUGGACUUUCUUGAUUUUGGUAAAACCUCAGCUUGACAGAAAUAUUCCCAUUUGUGAUGGAAACAUCAGACUUUUUUUUUUAAUCUGGCCAAUAAAAACGGAAUGCUUGCAAAGGCUGUCACCUCUCGGAUGGAGUGUUUACUGAGCUGACAUUUGGGCAGCCUGUUUUCUGUUUCAGCUCUGCCACAGGUCUGAACACACCUGACAAAUGAGUUCACCUUUCCCCAGGUGUAUUUGUGUUUUGUAAAGUUAAUAACUGCUACCUCCCAUGCCAAUUACCUAUGAGAGGUCUGGGUGAAAAGUGUUGGGUAAGAGCGCUGCUGGUACACGGCUCUAUGCAACAUUAAUUGAAGUGCCUUAAUAACAGGAGUGCAUUUUAUCAUCUAAUGAGUUACAAAGUGCAAAUACCCUCAGCUCUGCCCCUUUGCAGUCUGCUAACAAUUUCUGGAAGUGUGACCCAAGGUGAGUAGAAAAUCUUCCCAAAGAUGCAGAACAUUUUCUUUUCAAAGUUUCUCUACUAGCAAAUGGCAUUAUUCUAGGGCAGACUUUGGUUGUGUCUUAAGUACUUGAAGCCAUGAAGUUACUGUUAUUAUGUUGAUAUACAAGUGAAAUCUUAGCUCUGAUGUUCCUGGACUUGCUGUGCUCACUUGGAGGAUUAUUACAUCUUUUUAACAUACACCAAUCGCAACCCAGAAACCCAAAGAAAGUACUGUAAUUACUUGAAAUUAAGUAUUUUCUGUCAUGAUGAAAUGCAAUUUUGUGCAUAUUUUAUGGUGUGUAUGUUUGGGUUUGUUUUUUUUUUUUUUUUGUCUUUUAUAUUCAAGUGCCUGUUCAUUAAUACAACAAUGCAGUGCAAAGGGGGACUGAGCCUGUGUCUGCUUCAGGAGAUCAGUGCAAAACUGCAGGCACCAAUCUGGCUGCUCCUCUGUGACCAUGCCAAGUGUAGAAGGCUCCUCCCACCUAAAACACCAAGUCAGGCUUAGCCAGCAUUUUCACAGUCAUUGCUGCUAAAAUGAGACAUUUUGAGCAACUUUGCAAGAAAUGUAAAAAAAACCUUUUCAACUUGCUUCAGUUUUGUACAGGCACCUGCUUGGGUUUUUUGUGGGGAAAAGGUUCUAGGGGUCUUAAAGGAUUCCUAAGGAUGUUAAUGCUUUAUUCAGCACAACUGUUGGUGCUCAAGACCUUGAAAAUGAGGAUAAUAAAGUGAUGCUACUGUGUUAAGAACAAACUUAUCCUAUCUAGCAGGAAAGUUUGUAGAAUACUUCAAUACAUGGGAAGUUGCUGGGGAGAAAAAAAAACAUCUGAGGUAAAUGAGAAGAUCCUGACUUUGCAGAAAGCUAAAGCUUGUACACUGACCCCCAUGUCUUAUAACUGAGCAGUGUGAAGGGAAGGUUGCUCUCUCUGCAAUGGGAUUAAUGUUCACCUGACUGCAUGGGAUGUGUGCUCAGCUUUGCUGAAACCUCAGCCCUUCCCCUGGCUCAGCAGGGCUGGGGCUGAAGCCCUUCCUCUCCAGCCAGAGACAAGUUUUGUGUGUGUACCUGUGUGCACGGGUUGGGUUUUUAUCCCUCCUGCACCACGUGUUGCUUUUGCUCUCCCUCCAGUGUCACUGCCACAGCACAUCCCUGCUGCCAGAACCACAGGCACAGUGAGCUGGGCACAGAAAGGAUUCACAACAAAAAGAAAGGGAGCAGGUAGCAGGGAAAAAGCCAUCCUGGAUGGAGAGCAAAGCCCUGGGAAGCUGGAUGUCAGAGCUGAAGUAACUGCCCUGGCUGCCCAGCAAGUUUUUCUGCAGAGGACAGACAGUGCCUGCAGCAGUGCCCGGGGUGCAUCACUUUAACAGUCUGGCACCUUAACUGAAACUGGUGACAAAGUGUCUUUGGGUUGGUG